AUUUACAGAUGAGCAGGCGGAGAAUACUCCAUCAACUUCGCAGGUAAUGCAGCGAACGCCUCGUGAGCCAACAAAUGGAGAACAACAGAUUAAAGCAUCGAAAACGCCAACUUCGGGAGCAAUAGUUGUGUACACACCACCUAAGCCGCCGACACAAAUCACACCUGUGCCGCCGACCCAAAUCACACCUGUGUCGCCGACACAAAUCACACCUGUGUCGCCGUUGCCGACAGUGCUGCUGCAACCGCCACCGCAGUUCAGAUCGUCGUAUCAGCAAUCACCUUCGUCAGCGCAUCAAUACCAAGGCGCAAGGCCGCCAAUGCAGCAGCGUCAGAUGGCACAACAACAAAUACCACCCUCGGCACCUCCGCCAAUACAGCGUGUAAUGCCUCAACAACGCUUGUAUUCAGCGCCAUGUACUCGUUAUCCAUCAUCAAAUCAAAUGCCCCAAUAUUCACCAAUAAAUCCAUUUACAUCAUCAUCAUCCGGAAGUCAAUCGUCGCAAGUAACGGAAUAUGUAACUCGUUCGCGAUACGAGCAGUACCCGCAUGCACAAAGUCAAGGUAUUCAACGUAUGUCGCAGCAGUCAUCAGUGGUACAAUAUGAAGAUGAUGAUGAUAAUGAUUAUAAUGAUUAUGAGCCAUCCAACCGGUCACAACAUCUCCGUUAUCCACAUUCAAUGUUGCGUCCAGAUGUUGCGAUACCAACACAGCCAGCACCGCCAAGACGUGAGAGAGCCCUAGCAUAUCCUACGCAAGGCGACGUAUACCUAUCACAACAGUCAACCUCAUCAUUAUAUACAAUGUGGCCCUUACCACCACCAUUACCACCACCACCAUUACCACUACCGACAUUCUCAAUGCGCCAAAUUCCAAACGAGUAUCAACAAGAACACGGCCCAAAUCGAAACAAUAGAAUGCCCAAUGCAGUAUUGAGACUUUACCUUAUCGACCGUUCAUAAUUUAAUGUUAUAUAUCAGAAGCAUUAGUUGUUUUAUCAAGUCAAAUAAUUUCUAAUCACUUAACAGAAAACAAUUAGAAAUUAAUUUGUUUUUCGAGUAAACUUGAUGAAAUGCCUCUUUAGUCCGGUGGCUAGCCUUUGGUUACGGAUCAUUGGGUGUCUUGGGUCAAAGCUUUUAAGCAAAAAUUCUCAGGUCGGUGGUGGGAAAAUGGUGUUGUUAUACCCCCGUGCUUCGGAGAGCACGUGAAACUGUCGGUACCAGACAUCUAAUAAAUCUUAGACAUCUAAUAAUAAUCGUUCAAGAUCAUCACCCCAAAUUUAUAUUUAAUGUGUAGUAGCAGUAGUUAGAUGUUGAAAUAUUCAUAAAUGUGUAGAAGUAGUAUAUUCAUAAAUGUGUAGUUGUUGAUGGCCGUUAUUUCUAUAAAUGUCUUGAAAACUCAUAAAUGUAUGGAAAUAUUUAAAUUAGAAUUAAUAAAAUUUAAUUAACUAAGUAAAAGUGUGAUCGUUGGUCCAGUGGGUGAUCUAAGUGCUUUCGGAACACGAGGUCCUGGGUUCGAGUCCUGGAUCGGGUUAUGAAGUACUAAGCUUUACAUUAUUUAAGAAAUUUUAGAUACAAAUUCCCAGAUGUGAAUUUAUGGUGUCAUUUCUUCAGAGGACACAUUAAGAUGUCGGUCUCGGUCAAUAUCUUUGACAUCUGAUAAUGAUUGUUAAAGAUCAUCACCUUAAAAUGUACUUAAUGUGAAGCAGUAGUUAGAUGUUAUAUUCAUAAAUGUGUAGUUAUUAAUGGCUCAGUAUUUCUAUAAAUGUCUUAAAAAACUCAUUCCAUACAUUAGUGUUAAUCAAAUUACAUGUGAACUGCCUCGUAGGUCCAGUGGUUGGUCUAUGAGGAUUCGGAUCACGAACGCGGUCCUGGGUUCGAGUCCUGGAUCAGGUUGUAAAGUACUAAGCUUUACUUUAUUUAAGAAAUUUUAGGUAAAAAUUCCCCAGACUUAAUUUAUGGUAACUUCCUCAGAGGAUAAAUUAAGCCGUUGGUCCCGGUGAUUAUCUUUGAUAUCUGAUAAUGAUCGUUAAAAGGUAAACAUUAUCACCCUAAGCCCACCAACCUGCAUCGGAGCAGCGUGGUGGGUCUAAACUCCAUAUCCCUUCUCCUAAGAGAAGAGAGGUCUGGCCCUGUACUAAGUGGGCCAUUAAAAUAGGCUGAUAAUGAUGAGACGUGAUUAGGUAUAGGUUGUCAAUUUUUUUAUAAAUGUGGUAGUUGUUUCGAUGGUAGGUAUUUCUAUAAAUGUGAGGAACAAUUCUUAAAUGUUUUCAAAAAGAUGCUCAAAAUUCAUUCACUGUUCGAUGUCUUCUUUGAUCCUUCCAUAAGCAUUUAAAAACAAUAUUUUUUUUUCUCUAUACUGUAGUUACGACGUGGACUUUUUACACAGUAAUCUAAUUAUAUAAAAUCGAUAGAGAUGUAUAGAUGUAAGAAAAACACAACUGUCCAAUUUCAAUGCAAUUUUUUUAAAUCGUUUUUUAAAUUUGUAUAUUAUUUUUUUAACAAUUAUCAAAUACAGAUUAAUUUAUUUAUUUAACUUGUGAAUUAGCAACAUGAUCGUUUGUGUUGAAAUAAUAGAAAGUAAUAAUGAAAUUUACAGAUAGACUCCGCGCCACGAAAGAAGCCCUGCUACUUUAAACUGAACAAAUACUAAUAGAGUUUUACAAUAAUGACAAUGUGCGCCAUUGAGACAUUAUCGCCGUGUCUACGGGGCUUGUUUCGUAGCGCGGAGUAUAAUUUUGCUUUUGUUUUGUGAUUGGAUUGUGUUUUAUUUCUUAGGUGUUAAGAUUGACUUCUUUAUAGAUAUAAAUUAGAUAAUAAGUCGUAAAAAAAAAUUAUAAUGUAAUGCACUUUAAACAAGCUGUAUAUAAUGCUUUCUUUCAAUACAGUAUUAGAAUUGG